AGUGUUAUCUCGUCAGUUAUCCAGUUAAGAUAUAUUUAACCACCGGAAUUAUAGAAAACCAAGUAUGAUAAAAGGACCAUUUUUACUUAAAUUGGAAGGGAUUGGUAUUUUUACGAAUAUACCCAAUCCAAAAUUUGCAAUAUUUAGUUUGAAGUGCUUAUAAUUGGAAGAAGACAUAGAAUGAAAAUUUUACUGGAACUAGUUUUGUUUACCUGCACACUAAUUGAGAUAUCUGGCCAGCGAUGUUCGAGACCAGUAGUCGUGAGACGCCGUGCAACCAUUUACAAAGUGCCUCAAGUAAAAGUACAAAUUCUAAGAUGUCUCUUUAAUGAUACAAAAAAUGCUUAUUCCGAUAUUACCACCAAUUGUCUGACUGCAUUUAAAACAGGAACUUUUAAGGAUAAGUACGACGAUAUAUUUAAUCUUAAAGGUCACAAAACGCCCAUCGUGUUGGAAAGUUAUAUGACUGAAGCAGACCCUUUACAAAAUAGAAUAAACUUAAGAUCCGGCACAAAAUGUAUCUACAACAGAGGCUUUUGUUUUGAUCCCAAGGAAAGUCCAACGUAUGCAGCUGUAUGGAAUGUGGUACCAACGAUCAAAGAAAAAUGUCCUACAAAAUUAGAAGCAGUAUUAUCUGCCGCAGUAGAUAUUUGGAAAUUCGUUCCAGAGAAACUUCAGUACGUGUUUUACUACUCCCCAAGAUUAGACCAGGCAUUUUCUCUCAGACUUACUACUACCUCGAAAUGUAAUAACAAACUUGUGUGGUUCACGGAAGAAAUGCGAUAUAUAGUCGAGAUAGAAAAUAUUAACAAAAAUACUGCAUUGCGAGAAUUUGGGAUUCUGCCUAAAAUGACUUUUUUACCAACAAAGAGUGUGGUCAGCGAAAAAAUUUUAAAAGAUUGUGAUUUAAAGUCUCUUAGUUUAGAUUUUGAUGCACAAUUUUUGUCCAACUAUUUUGCUGACGCUGAGAAUAUAAAAACAGUUUUUAGCGUAUAUCGUAAUUACAUAAAUAAGAACAAACUGGCUAUAGAUGAUGUAAAAACGAAAGUUUCAAAAAGCGAAGUUUAUUUAAAUAAACAAGCAUCAGUAUUUGGAUCACAAUUUAGAAAGACUAACGUUACAAUAAAUUCUUUGGUAGCAAAUGUAGAGACUUUAAAAAACGCAAACAAAAAUUUUGUAAAACUAUCUCAGAGGAUGGAGUCUGAAAAGAUCUUUAUUAAAAUUGGAGGUGUGGAAACACAUUUUAAAGACUUAGAAAACACAAUUAAAGCGAUAGAGAAUAAAGUUGUUAAACUUAAUAAGAUUCCUUUUUACUCGCAAAGUGAUGUAGACCAAAAAUUUCUUAACUAUUAUAAAAACAUUUCAGGCAAUAUUAAAAGUCAAAUCCUUAAUGCAGGAACUGCAAACGUGGCUCUAGAAAAAAGUAUUUUGGAUAAGCUAAAACCGGUUGUUGAAUCUGCUAGUAAAAACUGUGAUACAUAUGUAAGUAAAGUGCAAGUACAGUUUAACAAAUUUAAAAAGGAUGUUGCUGCAAAUAACAAUGCAUAUGAUACGAAAAUUAAAAAAGGCCUUCUAGAAUCCAGCGCUGCUUGCCUCGUAAACAUUAGCAUCGUUAAUACAAAGGUUAAAAAAAUUGAAAAUGAUUUACAAAGUUACAAAACUAGUAGCGAUAUUAAACAUCAAAAUCUCUAUAAUUCUUUAAAUAAAUUAAGCCGCGAUUUGAAAACAGAAAUGACUAAAGCAGAACAUAUUAGCAACAUAACUUUUAGCCCUCUUAUAGAUGAUUUAAAAAGUAAAACUAAAAGUUGUUUUACAAACAUUGAUAGCUUAAAAUCAAAAACUACAACUUUAGUGGAAAGCCUGCAAAAAGAAAUUAAAACAAAUAUAUUAAAACAAGAUGAUCAUAUUAAAACUUCUAAAAAAGAUCAUGAUAAUUUUAAUAAAAGAUUCAGAUCUCUUGAAGAAAAUAUUAAACAGCUACAAGAUAAUCAUAAUGUACAGAAAAAAAUCCAUGAUAAUUUGUUUAGUUCUACUAAUAACAACUUUAAAGAUUUUACUGCAAAACUCGGAAACGUCAGUAAAAUCAUUAAAGAUGCGCAAUUGCAGAAUGAGGCCAGUAUUUCCAAAAGACUUGAUGCCUUAUUCAUACCUGUAAAUACCAAGAUCAAGACUUGUUUCGAUGAAAUACAAAAUGUGAGAAAAAACGAAGAGAAUUCUUAUAAGGAUUUAAAAAAGACAAUAAACCAGGAAUUGGAUAAAAUUUCUGUGAUACAUAAAUCGGAUAUUAAGGAUCUGGAUACAAAGCUGAAACGAUAUAAAAACAACAGUGAUAAUAUUAAUAUAAAUCUGGAAGUUAAUAUUGAUAAACUCGAAAAAACAAUUAUUUCUAUAGACAAAUUACUAGGCAAACGUCUGUCAUCCAUAGAAACCGAAAUUGCUGUCAAAAUUAAUCCUAAACUAAAAUUUGCUGAAAUCAAAAUUGAUAACUUCAAAAAUGAUGUAUACAAACUUAAACAAGAUUAUUCCAACCUAUUGGAUGACGUCAAGAAAACGACACUGAAAAAUAUAACAGCUACAUCUGAAAAGCUAGAAAAAGAUAUGGAAUCUUUAGAAAACUCUUGGGUAAAUAAACUAAGCACAUCUGAAAACACAAUUAAAGAUAUUCAAACAAAGUUGGGGUUAUUUAAUACAGUUUUUGAAAAAGCAACCCAUACUGACAGCGAAGAAAUAGCAAAAUUAAAACAGAAUUUAAUCAAUGUUAAUGACACACUGCAAGAUUUUUCACAUAGCUUUGAAAAAAAUGUUUUGAAUGUCACGAAUAAAACAGUUGAAAAACUAUUUACAAAGAGCGCUGAAUGUAAAAAAGAUGUCCAGGAUGUUCACCAAUCUUUAGAUCAUUUGAAAAAGACAGUUGAAGAAUAUUUGCGACAACAGAAAGUCGUAGAAAACAAUAUAUCAAGAAUAAAUACAACACUUUUGACAUCUACUGAUAAUAUUAACAAAAGAUUUGAAUUUUUAAACCACAGUAAACAAACGUCUGAGGAGGCUAAAAAUUUUACUGAAAAUCUUAUAAAUAGGUACAAAAAAGAAAGCGAACUAUUUUAUAGAAAUACAGGAUCUCAAUUAACAGAAGUGUUUAAAAACAUUACCAAUCUUCAUCAAGUUAUUAAAGGUAUUACCAAACAUUUUGAAAAUGAUUUUAACCCGGAGUUAAAAUUGUUAAAGGACGAAAACAAAAAUUACGUACAACGUUUCGCAAGUCUUGAAAAAUACAUAAAUAAGUCAGUCGAUGAUAUAAAAGAACUUAUAUCUAAUGAAAUGACUUCAGGUAAAAAUAAUUACGCAGAAAUUAAAAAAAUUGAGAAAAAUUUUAGAGAGAAAAUAAAUAAUAUUAUAACAGAAAACAAAAAAUUUGACGAGGAAUUAAAUAAUAAUAAUUUACAUUUAACAGAUACAAAAAAUCAAGUAGAAAAAAUUAAAGAUGCUAUUGAAACUCUGUCCAAAAAUAUAUAUAAGAAUAUAAAUGCGAGCGAAACAAUCAUUAAUAAACAUAUAAGUAACUUAAAUGAAUCCAUGUCUUCAGAAGCAAAUUCUUCUUGGAAAAAAAUAUUACUGUUAGAAAGUACCCUUAAAAAUUUAGAAAAACUAACUCAGGGUAACAUAGCCGUAGUGCAAAAUGAACUAAACUUAUUUAAAAAUGAUUUCUCUAACACUGAGGUAGUUAUUAACAAUAUUCAAAAAACACUCAAGGAUAGAAUGAUUAUAGCGGUAGAUCCAUAUUUGAAGGAAGUAAAUAAAUCUAUUUCUGAUAGCAAUAAAGAAAUACAAAAAUUACUUUUAGACACUGUAGAUUUAAAGAAGAAUUAUACUCUAAGUAACCAAAAUAUUUUGAAAAAGUUUAUUAGUUUAAACGAAACGUGUACAACAGAAAUGACAUUUAUUUCUUCUAAAGCAGAUGAUUUAUCUACAAGAAUCGAUAAACUAGAUGUAAGGAGUAGUAAUGUUGAUUUAAUCCUUAAGAAUCUUUCGGUAAAACUUGAAUCCAAUGUUCAAAUAAUAAGCAGUAAUAAAGACCGUAUUUUAAAUCUUGAAAAAUCUUUAGAUGGUACUUCUUCUAAAUUUAAACAAUCUUUAGAACAGCUAGGAACAGAUAUGAAAGACGUGAAUUUAAAAAUAGAACUAAAUAGCAAACAGACAGAAAAUGUUACAAAAGGCUUACUUCAACUUACUAAAACUGCUAAGAAUACAACAAAAGAUGUUAAAGAUCUACAUACGGAAAUUGUAGCUCUAAAACACACCUGGGAUGCUACACAAAGUAGAUUGGACAAAUGUAAAGCAUCCAUUGAAGUCCUUAGUAAAAACUUUACUGCUUGCAACUGUAAUAGUCAAAAUAAAUAUAGUAGUGAACUAGAGAAUUUGAGAAUAUUGCUGGACAGUAGAGACCUUGAAAUAACAAAAAAGUUUGAAGGUUUGCUAAAGCAGAAGGAUAAUGAGAUAGCCAAAAUUAAAGAUGAGUUUAAUAAAACUAUUUGGGUAUUAAAAGCUGAACAAAAAGCUCAAAAAAAACGGUAUGAGUCAUGUUGUUCAGAAGCGGAUCCUCCGCUUUAUUAAAAAACAAUUGAGACGUUGAACGCAAUAGUGGCCCAAGCCACGAAUAAUAUUUAAUUCGGAGAAAAUCGAGGACAAAGUUUUCUCUAUUUUUCAACCAAUAAUUUAAACACCUCAAACCAGAUAUACUGUAGAUUUUCUUUUAUGUAUAUCUGUACCUUAGAGGUAAACGAUUGUAAUCCCAUUUUAGCAGUAUUCGAAGAAACAAGGUUUAAAAUUUUAUAAUAUGGAAAUGAAUUUUUUUUAUAAAAUAAAUUUUUAUAAAAUAAGAAGAUCAUGUUUUAUAAAAUAAGAUAAUAAGAAUAAAAAUGCAUAUUUAAUUUUUUUACAAUUUAAUUAAAUAACUAAUUGAAGUACCAAGUACUAAAAGAAGUACUAAAAAAUCAGGUAAAGAAUUUAAACUGAAAGUUGUAAUUCCCAAUCUACCCAAAAAAAUUUAAUAAAAAAUAUAAUAUAACUAAGAAAUUCAGUCUGAGUCGAUGUUUUCUUCCUGUGUUGCGCUGCUCUCAUUUGCUGUUUCUUGGCUCCCAUGGUUGUCUACAACAAUUAAAUGUUUCUGAUCUAGGCUUGGUUGAGCAAAACGAACAAAGUGUUCCAAAAACUUCAGAAAAUCAGAGCAAGUCAUCUAUCCACUGGGAUAUGUUGUUGCAUUGCUGUCAGGAGGUGCAUGGCUUAGAAAAUCUGUGCUGCCAGUUUUUUGCCAUAUCAUGUGAGGAGGCAUGUGACCCCCUGCAGAAUUGAUGCCAGCACACAGCGUAACCAGUUCACCUCGUUGGUGGAAUACUUAAUUCUGGGAUCAAAAGUAUCCCCUAUUUAAUAGGAUCAACUAUCCCUGCAAUGACAUUUUUCUAACAAGUGCAAGUUUUAUGUUAAAACAGUUACAAUUUAAAUACCAAUGUUUUAGUAUUUAGUGAAUAAAAGUCAUCGAGCAAAAAGAUAAAAGAGGGAAUCUAAUCGUUAUGAAAAGGAGACCAAAAAAGUGGCCUCUGAUGGCGGACAUAUCCGGAAAUGCAAAGGCGCUAAAUUUAAAUUUUCCAACACUUAUUAACAAUAGCUAUAAAAUAUUUUUUAGACGAGAAAGUUUUAAUUAAAUAUUAACUAUAAUAGUCUAAAAAGUGACACAAUUGGUAAAAAACUUCAAUAUAAAUAAAAUUUCAUGUGACAGUUGGGACAAACAAUAACAACCAAACUAAAUUUGACUUCUCAAACAAGGAAAGAGACUGUCUUUCCUUGUUGAAAGUGGCCUCUCAAGAUAGCACUUCCUGUCUAACAAUAUUUUUGUCCCCACUACCUUUAGAUUCCCUCUUUUAUCUUUUGGCUCGAUGAUAAAAGUAU